AUGGAGGCGCUGCGCCGGCUGGGCAGAGUUCCUUGGCUGCGGCGCAUUGCGGUGGCGCUGGGCAUUGUGGGGCCCGUGCUGCUGCUGCUGUACUUCCCCCCCGUUGCUGCUGCAACAAUUUUGGGGAUUUGUUUGCUGGCAGCAAACGAGCACUGCAGGCUGAAGGCCCUCGCGCUGCAGCGGCUGCUGCAGCACACUGCAGCAGCAGCAGCAGCAGAAGCAGCAGCAGCAGCAGCAGACACAAACUCGAAAGAAAAUGAAAUUCAAAAACCCCUUUUGGCCUCUCGCCUUUCUUCCCCCAAGGGGGUUUCUUUUGGCGUGGCGGCGAAUUCAGUUUUGCUUUACGGCUGGAGCCGAGACAUCCCCGAGUCGCGGGACGCGCUCCUCUACGCCUGGGCCUCCGCAGGCCUCGACUUAUAUUUCUUGUGGCACUAUGCAGUGCCUCUGGCCAUGGGCAGCUUCGUGCUGCAGCGCAACGGGGGUUUGCCUCUUGCUGCUUCUCUAAUCGCCAUUUCUGCUGCUGGAGAUAGCGGGGCUCUUUUCUGCGGCUCUGCGUUUGGGAAAAGAAAAAUAAUUGAAAAACUUUCUCCCAACAAAACGGUGGCCGGAGUGCUGGGCUCUCUCUCCUGGAGCUGGCUCGCGGGCUGGCUGCUGUGGCUGCUGUCUUUAAAAGCCCCUUACCUCGGAUUGAGGGUUUACUCAGAGCCCCUUAUAGAAAAGAAUGCUACUCUUGAUCAGGUGUUAGGAGUUUAG